CACAAUAAAAGUUUUUCAUUAAAUGACAAAAUGUAAUGUAUUCUCGAACGUCUUUUCGAAUACUUUGUUCUGCUGACUUCGCCCUUCCCCCUUUUUUUGUACUUCAUCACACAUUUGCCAUCACUGGCAACGUCUACUUUUUUUCUUUUUCUUUGCUUCUUUUGCUUUCUCUUUCUCUUCUUCUUACCCUUUCACUUUCUGUUCAUCAACUUAUUAUCAACGUCCACACCAAUCCACAUCUAUCCACAUAUAUUUCCACACAUUUCCUUUCAGCUUAUUCUACCUCCGUCGUAUUCCCAAUUUCUCUGACCUGUAGCAAAAUAAGUUUACACUCACACAAACUAGCUCUCCACAGCCUGAUUACAACUGAGACAAAAUCAUGGACCCUGAACAUAACAACCCCACAGUCAGCAUCACUGCAACCAAUGUGCUCAGUCCAGUUCAGAAUGCCGACUUUAGCAAAGAAGUCCCUGCUAAUGCUAGCAGUAACAUCCACACCUAUAACCCCAACAGCGAUGACAGCGACGAUGACAGCCAUUUCACCAUCAGUACCAGCCUCAAGAAUUUAUCUAGCGAUACAACAGAAUUUCUACCUUUUGUUCCUGCUCUGUCCAUUUCCUCCAAUACCAACACAGUUGUCUCAUCAGCACCAUCCUCUCCUGACACCUUACAUCCAACAACACCCACGACAGUAAUAACGACAACUAAUCCCACGAAAGUAUCGGCAGAAGUAAUAGAACAGAGUGCAUCUAUUACAGAAUCAAUAAACACAUUGACUACGGUCCCUUCUACACCGCCAAUCAUUCUCUUGCCUCCCGUUGAUAUCGAGGCAGAGGCAGAAUCAGAAACAAAAACAGAGAUAGUGACAGCGGCAGCAACAGAAUCUGCCGGACAAAAGGAAACAUCAAACGAGAACUCAGACAAGGACGAUAGUCAUAAAGAGAACAUCAAUCCUGUACUUGACCGUGAUAGUCAUAAAAACGCAACAGCAAUAGCCACACCAUCUCAAAAGCAACAGGGAGUUCUUAAACCAUCUAAAUUAAUCAAGCCUGCAGCAGCUUCAAGUAGCGCAAAGAAGCCUUUGUCGGUAUCUGCAGGAAGGGCUGCCGGAGCAUCCACAGCUACUACCAUAUCAUCCACAAAGGUCAAAUCCGCCAACUCGUCUUUAUCAAAGACUCCGACCUCUUCCAUUAGUUCGUCAUCGACUACCAGGUCCCGACCUCCGAUUCCUACUAGUUUAUUAAGAAGCAGCACUUCCACUUCUUCUGUUCCCACCGUAGGAUCGAUCUCAUCCUCUCGACCUACAACACCCUCAUCCACAAGAAAAACACUUGCUCCUCCUGCUAUUCGUAGAUCUCCUUCAACCCCAGCUUUGCCCACUUCGGCUACGACUAGUAAUAGUAGUCCAUCACGUACUCCAGCUACGUUAGGAAGGCGUGUUGCCUCUAGCUCUGGUGUUGCGACCGUAUCAUCUUUGCGUUCAAGUCCAUCGGCCACUCCAUCAUUAUCACGAUCAACCAGUCAAACAUCGGUCGUAUCAGCAUCCGCCUCUUCUGUUGGCACAGCACGACGCACGCCUGCCUCUUCAGGAACAUCCUCAUCUUUGUCGACCGCAGCAGCAGCAAAUAAGACAUCGACAGGCACAGCUUCAAUUCCAAGUACUUUAGCCAGUCGUAGGACACCUAGUUCUACAAAUCCAUCCCCAAAUUCUACUCUUCGACAACCUUCUACAAGUAGUAGAAUUAGUACUAACACUAGCACUAGCGCUACAACAGCUCGCAAAUCACCAGCCACCUCGACCACUACCACAUCAACUAGUCGUACUGCAUCUGCAUCCAACAGUACUACAACUACUCGUCCGAUUACGGAUGCAGCCAAAGUCAAAAUGCUGAGCACACAAUUGAACGGACUGCAAGAGAAGGCUAAACAAUCACAAACAGCAUGAUAAUACUCUGAGACUGCUUCAAGAACAGGAGGAGCGAAUGAGGAAAGAGCUCGCAGAACUAACGAUGAUGCCUGAACCCCAACGUAAGCCUAUCUCAUCCGAUGUUCAGCAGGUUCUGAACGAGAU